UGUCUGACUGCUUCACCAGAGAAAAGAAGACGCAGCCUGAGGUGUAGAGCACACAAAGAACGGCCGAGAGAACAGGACCAUUGCGAGAAAAUGCAGGACGGGGAAAGAGAGAGCUCGUGAAAUUAGACCACCAGGACGGACCCUUACGGACGUAAUGUAAACACGGACGGUAUGCGUGUGAGAGACUGCUGGGAGUUGAUGGUCUGAAUGAGGUCGUCUUUGGGAGUUUUUGAGUGUGUUAAUGGGUAGACGUGUUCUGGAUAUGGGGGGAUGUCAGAGCAACGGCAGCUCUGAUGAAGAGGAUGUCAAUGUUCUGAAGGCAAACCACACCAACAUCAGCCUGUUUAAAGUAAAAAACAACGGUCUACAUCUAGUCCUGUCCGCUGAGGUUAAACCAUACCUGAAAGAUCAUUUUCUGUCUAAACGCAUCACUGACGUCGACCUUCUGACCCUCUCUGCUCUUCCACAUGGACUUGACCAGCAGGAGUGGAUCGCAACACACACUGUCUCGUUCUUCCAAAACAUAAAUGUCCUCCUCAGCGCUCUGUCUGACUUCUGCUCCAUGACAACAUGUCCGACAGCCAUGGGCCCCAAAAACACUCUGUAUGAAUGGACGGAUGAUCGGGGCAGAAAGUUGAAGUGUGUUGCUCCGGUCUACAUUGACUACGCCAUGUGUUACAUCCAAGAGCUUCUGACAGAUGAGCGUGUGUUUCCUGCUAAAACAGGUUUACCAUUUUCACCUGGAUUCAUGUUUCUGAUUCAGAAGGUCUUUGUAUUGCUCUUCCGUACCCUGGCUCACAUGUUCAGUGCACAUUACCAGGACAUCAUCGCCAUGGAGUUACAUCCUCACCUCAACACGCUCUUCUUACACUUCAUCACCUUCAGCCACACGUUUAGACUGCUGGACCCCGCGGAGACAGCGCCUAUCGAUGACCUCAUCACUGUGCUCACACACUGAAAACAUUUAGACACAGGUUCAAAAAAUCUAAGACUCAUACACACAGAAACUGUGAUUUUUACUAAUGAACAGAAAUAACGCGUCAGUCAACUACAUACUGGGCUUUGAUUGGACAGUUCAGUAGGUUUCCACACCCACAGAAGCUGUGAACUCCGCCUUCUAACAACUGACAGUUCUUGGGAAUCUACACUAUUUUCCAUCAAGCGUGCCAUGCAAAUUCCAGCCGCAUUCUUUAUCAACAUUUGUCUGCAACAACAUUUAAAAAUAUGACAGCUAUUUUGUCCGGUACAACGGAGACACUUAUUAUCAGAUAUUUUUGUCUGACAUGCUUUCUGGCGUAAAAUGAAAGUUGGCGGCUGGGUGUGUGUUGGUCAUCGGUCCAAAAUGCAAACAUAAAACAUCUUGUGGAAGCUUCAAUGCAGACAACACAAUGUGUUAGGGUGUAAAUGAAAAUGCUACAUGAUGUAGCGAACAACCGGAUGUGAAUCACUGACAACAAGUCAUUCACAAAUGCCAUUUCACACAAACAUGCAUCCUCUCUCAAUUCAGAAAUAUAAUCAAUAAUAUAUAAUAAUAUAAUUUAAGCAACAAAUACUGUGAUAUGUUAAUAUAUCACAUACAUUUCUCAUAUUGGUUUGUGUUUAUCUUCACACAGGUGAACAUGUUUGUGUUGCUUUCUGUUCAUGCAUGUAUCAAGUGGUCAGAAGAAUUAAGGUUUGUAUGGAAAAGAGAUCAGAUUUUCUGCUUCAUCCAGAGCAUAAAUGAAUGCUCAUGAAUGAACAGCCCUUAGGAUACACACACACACUUCUCUGUUUGCGAUCUGGUCUGACUGGUUCCCAAGAGGAAUUAGAUAUCUUUAUAAACACACACAAUAUAUUCAGUCUUUGUUCUGCAUGAAUACAGUUAUUACUAUCAUUUUAUCUUGUGCAAAGUGUUUAAGCGACAAUUUUGAAUAUCAGAAUUACUGACUCUUACAUAUUUCUCUCUCAAACAUGUUUUUGUGUUACUGGAACACAUUGACAUGACAAUUGAAGACUGUAUUUGAGAUUUUAGUGUUCUGUGCUGUAUAUACUGUAUACUACCUACUUUUUAAAAAGAAACAUGUGAAAUAGUGUGUAGUAUACAACAAUAAACAUUUCAAACUGUGAUGCGUUAUAUUGUUCUAACAUGUCCCGUCCAAGAUUGAUAUUUAUAAUUCAGCGAGUAUAAAUGAGCAUAACUGUGUUGUUCCUGCAGGGGGCAGCAAAGGGUUUCAGCAGCCCAACGUUUUAAAAGGACUUUCCAUAGAUCUAAUAAUUUGUAUACUGUACAAAUUGUAUUUUCAAUCCCUCACCCUACCCCUAAACCUAUCUA